AUGCAGGUCACUAUAGAAGGUGCAUUAAUUAAGGCCCGCGUGCGAGGAGAUCGUUCUUGGUCUUCUAAAUGUGGUAACACCAGCGGCGAUAAAAUGUUCGCCGGGGAUUCCUCAACGACGUCUUGUAGCGUAUCAUUACGUUUCUCCUUCCUUUUACUUUUAACGUCGUCAGUGAACAGUCUUCUUUUUGUAGUUACCGCAGUGUUAGUUGAGAAGCCUACUAAAGAUGACUCGACAAUUAUUGCAGUUGGAGAUACCUCCGCCGCCGACCAUGUGAACGUGGAUGACGUUUGCAUGGCAGACAUAAGAGCGGAAGAUUUGUAG